AUGGAGCGCGCCCUCAAAACCAGAGUCCCCCGCUGGCCUGCUGAGCUGGGGGCCGCGCGCCCGUCGCGCAAGAUGCCCGGGGACAAAACAGAGGCCGGCAAGGGGGCGGCGGGGGGCAGAGGCGCCCGCUGUAACCCGAGCUGCUAUAUUGAUUUCUCCUCCACCGUGUGGUUCCCAUUUCACAGACAAGGCCACCAAGGCUAUGGGAAGGCGGUGCGCGGCUUGUGGCGCCCUGGCGCGGACUCCGGGGAAAGUUUCCUGGCCGCGGCGCGCUGUGUACGGUCUGUUUUUGCAGCGCUGGGGCCCCGAGCUCUCAGGCCAGCCCAGCCAUUGAAACCCGACACGCGGGGAGGGGCCAUCGCGGCGGCCAGCCAGGGAGGUUUUGGACCCUUCCGGAAGUACCUGGUGAAUUCCAGCUGGGAAGCAGUGAAGGAGCUGUCCAAGCUGGGCCUGAACAGUGACAUGGAGGUGGAACUGCGGAUUCUUCAGCUACCUGUAGAUUACAGGGAGGUGAAGCAGAGGGUCACCAGAAUCUGGGAAGACCUUCAACCGCAACUCGCUGUGCACAUCGGCCUGGCCACCUCUGCCAAGGCAAUCGUUCUGGAGCAGUGCGCCAAGAACCGGGGCUACCGGAACGCGGACAUCCGGGGCUUCCGGCCGGCGCGUGGCGAGUGCCUUCCGGAUGGCCCGGAAGUGAUCGUGUCGGAGGUCAGCAUGAAGGCGGUGAGCAAGCGCGUAGCCGUGGAGGGCGUGGAGGUGACCUUUUCUCAAGAUGCGGGCAGAUAUGUCUGCGAUUACACCUAUUACCUGUCUUUGCAUCAUGGAAAUGGGUAUGCGGCACUCAUCCACGUGCCUCCAUUAUCCCGUUGGCUCCCAGCCAGGCUGCUGGGAAAAGCCCUGCAAGUCAUCAUCCAGGACAUGCUGGAGGAGCUGAGAAAGCCUGAGCUCAAACCCUGGUUUGCAGAAAACUCAACCGCCGUGAUUCCAGCCCGGGGGAACCAAUUGGGGGACUGCUCCUUUGGAGAAAAUUAA